GUUGGAUUUCUAUUUUCUUUCAUUCUGCGUUGCCGCACACCGUGCACAGUGCACCGGAAGAUAGGCUUGAGCUCAGGCUAGAAAGAGAGAGAGAAGAGAGGAAUGGGAAAGAAAACGAAGAAACCGGGAAAAGGUAAAGAGAAAACGGAGAGGAAAACAGCGAAAGCUGAGGAGAAGAGAGCUAGAAGAGAGACGAAGAAAGUCUCUCCUGAAGAUGACAUUGACGCCAUUCUGUUGAGCAUACAAAAGGAGGAAGCCAAGAAGAAGGAAGUCCAUGUAGAAGAAAAUGUUCCUGCACCAUCCCCCCGAUCGAAUUGUACACUAAAUAUUAAUCCCUUGAAAGACACUGAAUUAAUCCUUUAUGGAGGUGAAUUCUACAAUGGUAACAAGACAUUUGUGUACGGGGAUCUUUACCGUUAUGAUGUGGAAAAGCAAGAAUGGAAGAGGAUUUCAAGCCCCAAUAGCCCACCUCCUCGCAGUGCACAUCAGGCAGUUGCUUGGAAAAAUUAUCUUUAUAUAUUUGGUGGUGAAUUCACAUCUCCAAAUCAGGAGCGCUUCCAUCACUACAAGGACUUCUGGGUCUUGGACCUGAAAACAAAUCAGUGGGAACAAUUAAACUUGAAAGGAUGUCCUACUCCACGUUCAGGCCAUCGAAUGGUUUUAUACAAGCACAAAAUUAUUGUUUUCGGUGGUUUCUAUGACACUCUUAGAGAAGUGAGAUAUUAUAAUGACUUGUAUAUAUUUGACCUAGAUCAGUUCAAGUGGCAAGAAAUAAAGCCAAAGCUUGGAGCAAUGUGGCCAAGUGCUCGGAGUGGUUUUCAGUUUUUUGUUUAUCAAGAUGAGAUCUUUUUAUAUGGUGGCUACUCAAAAGAGGUUUCAUCCGAUAAAAAUAGUUCUGAGAAAGGUGUUGUUCACUCGGACAUGUGGUCUCUUGAUCCUAGGACUUGGGAAUGGAACAAGGUAAAGAAAAGUGGGAUGCCUCCUGGGCCCCGUGCUGGGUUCUCGAUGAGUGUUCAUAAGAAGCGUGCUUUGUUAUUUGGAGGAGUUGUGGACAUGGAAAUGCAAGGAGACGUAAUGAUGAGCUUAUUCUUGAAUGAACUUUAUGGCUUCCAAUUAGAUAACUAUCGCUGGUACCCCUUGGAGCUACGGAAGGAAAAGUCAACAAAAGAUAAGUUAAAAAAAAAUACUGAACAAAGGUCUAAUGGACCUGACGUGGACAAGAUAAAUUCAAUGGACGUGGAGUGUGCCACACAUGAUGAUGAGAAUCAAGAUUACCUUGAAGAUGCAGCUGAUUCUGAAAGCACCAUUGAUGAAAUAUCUCAGCAUAUGAAAACAAACAUGGCCGUAAUUGAUGUUGGUUCUUUGGGUGCCAAAUUUGAUGGAAGGCUUGACGCAUCUAAAGCUAAACUGGUUCAGCAAAAUUCUGUUUCACCAGAGAUAGUGAAGCCCUGUGGACGUAUAAACUCUUGCAUGGUUGUUGGCAAAGAUACACUGUACAUAUAUGGGGGGAUGAUGGAGAUUAAAGACCAAGAGAUUACACUUGACGAUUUAUAUUCUCUUAAUCUAAGCAAACUUGAUGAGUGGAAGUGUAUUAUUCCGGCGUCUGAAUCUGAGUGGGUGGAAGCCUCAGAGGAUGAAGAUGAUGACGAGGAUGAAGAUGAAAGUGAAGAUGGUUGCAGCAGUGAUGGCAGCAGUGAUGAUGAUGAUGAUGAUGAUGGCGAUGGUGAUGAUGGUGAUGUAGAGGUUAGGAACAAUGGUUCUGCAUCACUUAAAGUGGGAGAUGCUGUUGCUAUAAUAAAGGGUGAGAAAAAGAAUCUCCGAAGGAAGGAGAAACGGGCCAGGAUAGAGCAGAUUAGAGCCAAUCUUGGCCUUUCAGAUUCACAAAGAACCCCAGUGCCUGGAGAAUCCUUGAGGGAUUUCUAUAGGCGGACAAAUUUGUACUGGCAAAUGGCAGCCCAUGAACAUACACAGCACACUGGAAAGGAGCUUCGCAAGGAUGGUUUUGAUCUUGCUGAAGCUCGGUAUAGGGAACUUAAACCAAUUCUUGAUGAGUUGGCUAUACUAGAGGCGGAGCAGAAGGCUGAAGAACAAGAGGCUGAACCUAGUUCAAGAAAGAGGGGCAAGAAGAAGAACAAGUAAUAUGAUGAAGCUAUCAAAUACUGUAGAUUUUUUUUUGUCCCAUUUUUGCUAUAGACUAGGGCAUUUAUAAGCAUGAUACUAUUGAAUUUUGUUUUAAUUAUUGUGGGCAGUGUUUGAUGUAACUUGCUUAAUCCCACCAUUUUUUUGGGGCUUGAAUCUGUCAUCAUUAAGAAGUUAGGAAGGAGAUACAUUCUGCAGAAGUAGUUUUUGUAUAUCUGCAAGAAUAUGCUUUGAUUUGAUUUAUGCAAUUUCAUGAUACAAAGUUUGGUGUA